GAAAGAGAGUUUUGGCAAUUCUUGUUCUUGAUCGCAGCUGCUAAAAGAUUAGGGUUAAUUGUCUCUCUUCACCAACUUCUUCAAUUCAAGAUGGAAUCACAAAUUAAAAAAGCUCAAGUUAUCAAAGUUAUCGGACGUACUGGAUCACGAGGGCAGGUCACUCAAGUUAGAGUGAUGUUUACGGAUGAUCAGAAUCGCCAAAUCAUGAGGAACGUCAAAGGACCUGUGAGAGAAGGAGACGUUCUCACCCUACUUGAGUCCGAGAGAGAAGCAAGAAGACUCCGAUAGAAGAGUACCCCUCUCAAUUCUUUGGUGCAAGAUUUAAUGAAGCAAUCCUGGUUUUGUAAUAGUUAGCCGCCUAUGAAUAAUUUUUUUUUUUAUUGACUUAUAUUUUGCACCUAUGACCUAUUAUUUG